CCGAUUGGUUUCCUGGAAGUGCCGAUCGCUUACUGUCAGAUAGAAGACGUGUAUAUCGUCUCCCGUUGGGACAGUAGUCAGAAGUUCUGCAUCAGAAUCGUCAUCUCCGACGGAUCGGUACUCCUUCAGUUGUCAAACAAGUGGUUACGCGACCAAUGGCUCCAUUCAAUCAAUUGGAAAAGGAGCAUGUUCAAAUUUCAACACAUUCUCAUCAACUCUUCCAUUAGAAGUGAUGUACUCUUAAAGGAACUAAAAAAUUUGAUUGACAUGUCGUUAACGACUCCAUUGCAAGACGAAUGUAUAUUUCAAACUCCAUUGGAGAUCAUAAGCAAACUUUUGGAAUCCAGACUAAAAAAUCACUGUCGUCUAAACCCCCGUUCAAUGGUUCAGGCGCUUAUGAUUGUUCACGGCCUGAGCAGCACAUGUCCGCACCCGCGUGUCCUCUUAAACAUCACAUCCCUGUGUUUGGCCGCUCUCUCCACACUGUUUGAGGAGAGAAGGGCUGACUUGAACUCCGACAUUGAGGCCAACAUAACCGAUAGGACCAUCAUUGAAGAUGAAUGGAAAUCUAAAUUAAAUUGUUUUAUUAAUAUAUUAUAUUUUAUUUCAUUACACGAAGACUGGAGACCAGGAUUAGCACAAAUCUUACAGCCGAUUCCCUUUCCAGAUACAGCACUAACUAUUCCUGAGUUCACAUCAUCUAUCAAAUCUGUGAUAAGAAACAUAUGUUCAGACAAUAGAUGUGAAGUUCAUCUCAUGUUACUCGGCGUCAGAGAAGAGAAAGAGAAUUGGCUCCAAAUCUUCUGUCCCGGAAGUAUUGCCUGCGAUGACGAGGGAGACAUUUGGAGCCUAAUUUUGACAACGACAGCAGCGUUUCCUAAAGACCCCUGA